UCUAGACUUUGCCAGUCGUGACGUCGGUUGGCGUUCUGAAAACAGGCGUAUAUAGGCAUAGGUGAUCGACCCAUCGAGUCAGACUAGCUGAAGCCGCUCUGCACCGGAGCCGACUCCAUCCACUGCCCACCCCGCGCCGAAAACCCAUUCUUCGACCUGCGAAUCCACCAGCAUGUUCUCCUUCCCGCGACGAUUCCUCCGCCGUCAUCGGCACGAAGGUCGCCAGACCACUCCGGUGGUCGAUACCACGCGCCGCCAGCUCCCUAUGCUCCAUCUGCAGGACACGGCGCGGAACAACUGCAUCGCCAUGCUGGGAGAGUUCGUCGGCACGUUCCUCUUCCUGUUCUUUGCGUUCGCGGGCGCCCAGGUCGCCAAUACCCCGAAGCCCGUGGAUGGCGCCCCCCCGAAUACGUCGAAUCUCCUGUAUGCGUCGCUGGCGUUCGGGUUCUCGUUGAUGGUAAACGUGUGGGCGUUUUAUCGCGUCACCGGGGGGUUGUUUAAUCCGGCUGUUACUCUAGCACUCUGUCUGGUUGGAGGCAUGUCGCCCCUCCGAGGAGGGCUCGUAUUCGCGGUGCAGCUCGUGGCAGGGAUUGCGUCGGCAGGUGUAGUCAGCGCCUUGUUCCCUGGCGACUUGAACGUCGCGACACGGCUGGGCGGCGGGACCUCGAUCUCGCAGGGCCUGUUCAUCGAGAUGUUCCUGACCGCGCAGCUAGUGCUGGUCGUGAUCAUGCUGGCCGUGGUGAAGCACAAGUCGACGUUCCUGGCGCCCGUAGGCAUCGGUCUCGUCUUCUUCGUCACGCAAAUGAUCGGCGACUACUACACCGGCGGCUCCCUCAACCCGGCACGCUCCCUCGGCCCAGACGUCAUCAACCGCAGCUUCCCAGGUUACCACUGGAUCUACUGGGUCGGGCCUCUGCUGGGUUCGUUGCUGGCGUGCGGGUUCUACGGCAUGCUGUCGCUUUUCUCAUACCAUACCGUCAACCCGGGACAGGACUUCAACGAGUGGGAGGCCAAGAUGGGUCCCGGAUCAUGGGACUCCGCUAUGCAUCGUCCGUCGUUCUCGGACACCACGACGCUGGACCGGCCGCAUUCGCCGCAUACAGGGGGCCAGCGACCCAGUCGGCUGAGCCAUAUCGAUAAUGCGGUUCACGGGGAGGGGCAGAGUGCGGUGCAGGGGUCUGAGCAGGUGUAAUCUUAAUCUGAGUGGUCGUGGGGACUCCUGAGAAGGGAAGGGUUGGUUGGUGGGAGAGGUUGUCUUUAUGCGUUCCGUACUUAGUUAUGUGGCUAUCUGAUUUCCCGGAAAUCCUGAGGAGGAGCUGAAUUAACACUGGACAACCAACAAAGGACGGAGUUGAGGCCUCCGCAUCAGUCCGGAGUCCGGAGGAUAUCUGGAACGAGUGGAGAGGCCGAAAUUUGGGACUCGAGCGAAGUGGAGGGAUCGGCGCGACGGUGGAUACGGGCGUGGCCAAUCAGUGGAGCAGGAGAGAUUGCUUUGGAUCGAUAUCUGGCAUUAUUUCGAGAGGAUUGGAUCGUGGGCUGGACCUCGUGGCGGAGAAGAGUCCGGAGGUUCCCAGGGUAGGAGGAUCGUUAAGCGUUGUUCUGUCGGGGCCGGGCGACUUGCUGAUUUCCGGAUAAGCUACUUGGCUGGAUAAGUUGGAU